CGUCAAUACGUGAGUUACGCGUCAUGCUGUCACGUUUAUCUAACAGAUCGUUCCAGAUUUCACCUUGCAUAUGGAUCUACUCGCGCAUUUCUCCGGAUCAGGAAACUAGUUUGAUGCAGUUAAACUUCCUACAGUCAGUUGGUUUCCUGAUACUCGAAUGCAGUUACUCGAUAGCUCGAUGCAACUUGCUAAAGUAUAGGCUAACGUAACGUAACGUAUCUUUAAGCUCUUGAGAGUCUAUGAAAACUCCGUCUACACUCUCGUGAAACAGGUUCAAUUCUCCGGCCAUAAUAAGAUUCACGAUAACACUUAGUGGGAAAUGCAAAACUAAUUUACAUACACACUUGGGCACGCACUUGAGUGCGAUGCGUGCUAAUAAAAUCAUGUAAUCCAGUUACAAAAUGUACAUCAUCCAUAGUUUUCCCUUUAAAAUAACAGACAAAAUUCAAGCGAUAGAAAACUGUAAAAAUAAGCAAUCGAAAAAACUGUUCGAGCCAAAAGACGAGUCGGCAUAUUGGAUUUAUCGUCGUCGACCGUAGAAGACGGUUCGCUCGUGUGUUCGGUAGGGAUCUGGUCGUGCGGCUUAUGUGGCCGGGAGUGGAAUGGAAUGAAAAAGGUUAGCGAGUAGUGGACCAUGUCUGCACAGAGCCUGGAGGUGGUUCUGGGCAACCCUCGGCUAUAAAGUGGCUGGGGGUAUCGCGCGGCCUUCUCAGAUCACCUCCACCCUCGACUCGAUCGACGCGAGUCCUGCAGCUCGCCAUGGCUGGAUUGCGCAUAUUCAUUUUAUCCGUCCUGCCGUUAUGUAUGGCCCAGUUUUCCAUACAGGGUCCGAGCGACGGUAAUCGCGCCGCUCAGAGUCUGAGAUACAGCGAGGAUAAAGGAAUCGAGUACAGCGACCCAAGGGAAUCUGAGGGAGCGGGCGAUUUCUCGAUUCAGGGUGCCACCGAUGGCAACAGCAAUUUUCACAUACAAGGUGCGUCCGACGGAAACGCGGACUUCCAGAUCCAGGGGGCCACGGACGGGAACGCCAACUUUCAAAUUCAGGGUGCCACGGACGGGAACGCAAAUUUUCAUAUCCAAGGCGCGACCGACGGCAACGAGCAAUCCUCCGUCCAGGGACCGACAUACAACGGGAACCAAGGAUCGGUGGAUUAUAAUCCAGCCAAUUUGGGCGGCCAAAGAUCGCUGCAGUACAACGAUCCGAACGGGUUUAAAUUGAAUUGGCGGUCGUUCGCGCACGGUCAUUUGUCGCCGCAACCUCAGCAACCGGUUCAACCUGAGCCCGCCGCUUACACUCCGAGUCAGUCGGAAGCUCGAUAUGCGGUUCAACCGGCGUCACCUCGUCCGGCACCCCAACCGGCACCUCGGCCCACUCAUCGGGGUACGGAGCCGCCGGAACCACCUCAACAACCCAUCAGCUAUAGACCCUUCGACAACGCACCGGACCGAAUAAAGCAGCUGCUUCAAUUCCAGUUGCAAAUACCGUACCUCAACGCCAUUCCGGAGCACUUGAGAUACGAUGCUCUCGCCCAGAACCAGGCUCAGCCCCGGGCUCAACACCGUCAAUCUUCCCAAGAACAACCCCGAGAGGCCGCUCCGCCCCCUACGCAGUACAGACCAAAACAACGCGCGGGACACCAGAGAUCCAGGCGACAGGCGGAGCGACAUCCACAGCAACAGCAACAGAACCUACAACAAUACAAAAGAAUUCCCCAACCUGCUCCCGAAAGGCUUCCUCAAUAUUCGCCCAACGUUCCCGCUCCCAUAAAACAAUUGCUGCAAUUUCAGUCGCAGAUUCCGUACCUGAACGCCAUUCCGGAACAGUUCAGAUACAAUUUGGACACCGUUCCCGCUCCAGUUGAGCCUUAUCGUUCACCGGCUGGAUCACCUCAGCACGCUCACCAAGGUGACCGUCAACGGUCGAAACGUCAGGCGCACCAGCAAUCGGCCCGUCCGAAUCAACAACAGCAGCAGCACCACCAAAUUCAGCAACAGUAUAAAAGAAUCCCUCAGCCUGCCGCGGAACCUCAGCCCAAUUACUCGCCUCACGUUCCCCCCCAGAUAAAACAAUUGCUUCAGUUUCAGUCGCAAAUCCCCUACGUAAACGCCAUCCCGGAACAAUUUAGGUAUAACUUGGAUAACGCUCAACACGCCGCGCAAAACGGCGGAGUUCAGGAAGGUCAUCGGCGAGGAAAACGUCAAGCUCAACAACAUCAGGGACAGGUACAACCUCAGCAACAAUACAGAAGAAUUUCGCAACCAGCGCCCGAAGCGCAGCCUCAGUAUUCCACUAAUUUACCGUCCGGCAUUCGACAAAUCUUAGAGUUUCAGGCGCAGACACCUCACAACAUUAUAGCCAACCAAAUAAUCUACCGUCCGGACAAACCCUACGUUCCUCAACCCGUUGCAACACCCAACUACAAUGCGCAAGCCAAUUAUCAGGGUCGAGGACAGCCGGACGUGAGGCCGGUCACCGAACACUAAUUUUACUAUUUUAAUUAUACGAUUUUUAUACUUUUUGAAAUAAAGAAGUUUUUUUUUUCAAAAAUGA